AUGGUCGCAAAGGUUGGAAACACGAAGAAGAAGGCAACGGUCCCAGCCAAGAAGUCCACCAUGAAAUUCACUGUGGACUGCCAGCAGCCAGCUGACGACAACAUCAUCGAGCCCAAGGACUUCGAGAAGUUCCUGACCAACAAGAUCAAGGUGGAUGGAAAGACAGGCAAUCUCGGAGAGAAGGUGACUGUGUCAAGGGAGAAGGCUAAAGUCCACGUCACUGCCGAGGCUCCCUUCUCCAAGCGCUACUUGAAGUACCUGGGCAAGAAGUACCUGAAGUCCCAGCAGCUUCGUGAUUUCCUUCGCAUCGUGGCUCCCUCCAAGACCUCGUAUGAGAUGCGCUACUUCAACAUUAACGAUGACAAGGAUGAGGAGGAGAGCUAG